CUGUGGUUUAACGCCAUCUUUAACACCUAGCCUAUCCUAUCCGUUGCUACCCGUGUACACGUUUAGCCACUUUAGUCACGAUGGGUAUUUCUCGUGAUCAUUGGCAUAAAAGGCGAGCCACUGGUGGCAAAAGAAAGCCUCUUCGUAAAAAGAGGAAAUUCGAGUUAGGACGUCCGGCUGCAAAUACUAAACUUGGAGCUCAGCGUAUUCACACGGUACGCACGAGAGGCGGUAACAAAAAGUACAGAGCUCUUCGCUUGGAUACAGGGAACUUCUCGUGGGGAUCAGAAUGUACUACCAGGAAGACACGUAUUAUCGACGUUGUCUAUAAUGCGUCUAAUAACGAACUGGUGAGAACUAAGACCUUGGUAAAAAAUGCAAUCGUUACCAUCGACGCAACGCCGUUUAGACAGUGGUACGAAAGCCAUUACGUUUUACCAUUGGGACGUAAAAGAGGUGCUAAGUUGACUGAAGCCGAGGAAGAGGUUUUGAACAAAAAACGGUCAAAGAAAGUAGAAGCUAAAUACAAAGCAAGACAACGAUUUGCCAAAGUUGAACCUGCUUUGGAAGAACAGUUCGCUACGGGUCGUGUCCUUGCUUGCAUAGCAAGUAGGCCUGGACAGUGCGGACGAGCAGAUGGUUAUAUACUCGAAGGAAAAGAAUUAGAAUUCUAUAUGAGGAAAAUUAAAAGUAAAAAAGCUAAAUAAACGUAUGAUCAAAGUUG